AUGGCCGAGUGUGCCGCCGUUCCGCUCGGUGUUCGCGCUCAGUCUCACUCCGUGGCUCGACGACUGAAUCUGGCUAGCUCUCUGUCGGUCAAGCGUACCAGGGUUCUUCCAUCGUCUAAAUCUUUCGGUGUGUCUUUCACAGCUUUCUCAAGGCCCGAGGUCGUCAAGACCGAGUCCGCCUCUCGGCUGAAAAUUGUCGCACAAGCCCAGGCAGGUGCUGGCGCUGGUUCCUCUCCGGAGCCCAAGGCAGUGUCAACGACUGAGGCAGAGGACGCGGCUUUCAAGCUUAAGAUUGGUGGAUAUUUUGCACUGUGGUGGACGCUGAACGUUGUUUUCAACAUCUACAACAAGAAAGUGCUCAACGCCUUCCCCUUUCCAUGGCUAUGCUCUACUCUCGCCCUUGCUGCUGGAGUCACGAUCAUGUUGCUCUCCUGGGCGACGCGUCUGGUGGAAUUCCCCGACACAGAUCUGGACUUCUGGAAGACAUUGUUCCCUGUCA